AUGAUACUUCAAUUCAAAUGUGAAAGAUUACAUUAUAUUCUAAAUACUCACUAUAUUGUAACAGUAUAUAAUGACAAACUGACUAUUGGCAAUAACGUAAAGUUUGUAUGUUUAUAUAAAUUAGAGUCAUCCUAAAUAUGAGUAUAAAUUUACACUUGAAAAUAUUUUACACUGGUAUGUGGACAACCUAAAGCUUCAAGCUUUUGGAAUCGAGUACAAUAAAAUAAUCAAGUUUUUUAAAGCCAAUAAUAAAGAUUUAGAAUAAUUGAGAAGCUUGUGUAGGAAUCUCAUAUGUUUUGAUAAUAUUGUCGAAUUAUACAAAUAAAUCGAUAUUAAUGACCCAUCAAAGUUAUAAGAUUAAAUAUCCCUUUAAUUAUGCAGCAUGAAAGUAUUAAGCUAGUAGCAGUUGUUAAAAGAGGUUCCAAUAGUUAGAUAAUUGAAUCAUCAUGGAAUAAUUUCAUACCGUGAAUGCUUUCAAUAUAAAAAUCAAUAUUAUAUUGUAACAGAAUUUGUUGGAGGAAUAACAUUACAAAAAUUCAUAAUUUAAAAUCCUAAGUUGAGUCAUCUAUAAUGUAGAGCAAUAAUACUUGUAUAUAUUUUUGUUUUAUAGAAGCAACUACUUAAGGCUGUGAAAUAUUUACAUGAACAUUACGUCAUUCAUGCGACAAUCGAUAUUUGUCAGAUUAUCUAUAAAUCAGAUUUUAUCAAAAUUAUUGAUUUUUCUGAAGCCAUACACUCCAAUAUAAUAGAUGAUAAGGAUAUUAAGAAUUGUGGACGAAUUUUAUUUCAUUUGUAUUAAGUAUCUUGAUUUUAUUUAGGUAUACUGCAAAAGAAUAUAAUGAAAAAGAUCAAGAAUUAAAUUAUAAAUAUCUUUAAAAUGCAUAGACACCUAAAUUAGCAUAGGAACUUAUUUUUAUUAUGAUGUCUGAUAAAAAUAUAAGUAUUUCUAUGAUUUUAGAACAUCCAUAUUUCUCAUUUUCUUUAGAUUCAGAAGAGAGAAAGAAAAGAUUUUAAAAAUUUUAGAGAGUAUAAAGAUCAACUUCAGAAAUGGAUGAAAAUGAUGCUAUUUCUUAGAGUAUACCAGAAUUGUAAACAAAUAAAAGUAAAUCAUUAAGAUAAUUAAUGUGA